CAGGUGGGUCCACUGCUGCUGACCCACAGUGGGCGACGGUCCUGGGGACGCUGGGAGGCGUCUGGAGAGCAGAGCAGUUCACUGUCAUUUCAUUUACUUCUUAUUUCAUGAGUUAAAGUAUAUUUAUUUCACAUAUUAGACCUGGUUAUUUGCACCUGUCUGCAGCAACAUGUUCUCCAGGAUGUGGUGGAGGUCCUUGAGUCUUUAUCGCUAAAACAUGGUCUGAUUCUUCUCAUUGUUUGUCUCAAUGUGUUUUUUCUGUCUAACUGAAGUCCCUUUCAGAGGUUAUUGUGAAAUGACUCCCUGCUAUGAAUCAUGUGAAGUAUGAGUAAGUUAAAGAUGCUGUGAGACAUGCUGCAGCCUGCAGACUCAGGCAGUUCACACAUAGAGACAUGCAGCUGCCUGCACAGAGACAGACAGGCUAAUGGGGCUUCUGGGUAACUGAACACAUUUAAAAUCUACUUUUUGUUUGUUAAUGAUGUCAUAGACCUGACAAUCAAGUUCGGAGUGACAUCACCGGUUAAUUCUAUAACUUUUCUACAGCACAACAAACUGCUCUUGUUUGAAACACACUGAACUACUGUCAUGUCAAUAAAGUUAGUUUGAAUCUGGAGACAAAAGCAACAGAACUAGACUCCUCCUCCCUACUUCAUACCUGAGACAAGGUAAGACAGGGAGGUGGGGGAGGGACGGAGAGAGAGGAUAGGGGGAGGAGAGACGGGAGCAGAGGGAGAGUCGAGUAUCUGAGGAGGAGAGCAGUAGACUACAACGGACCAACCUGGACUCACCUGGACCCACCUGGAAUCUGACAGGCAGUCAAAACGGCGGCGCUGAGUGAGUUCCUUCUUGUUGCCCCCUCGGGUCUCACUGUCGCAGCGUUGCCACGACGAUGUUCCAGCGCAGGAAGAGGAAACGACGGCCGAAGAUAUCUGCGCCUCAGGACUUCCAGCACCGCGUCCACACAUCGUACGACGUCGCCACGGGGCGAUAUGUUGGCCUGCCGCCACAGUGGCAGAGUGUCAUCGACACGCUGAGGAGGCCACGCCCCCUGGUGGACCCGUCCAGAACCACCGAGGUCCAUCUCCGAAAGACGAUCGUUCGGGGGAGUUUCAUUGGUCACGGUGACUACAUCUCCCAGGUGAUCUCUGAGAUGAGCCACCUGUCUGUCACCGCCUCCAACUCUCUGCGCCGAUGCAGCCCAUCGGCACGGCAACGGGCUCGGUCGCUUGGCCUCCUUGGAGAUCUGGCUGACGAGGAGUCGUACCAGUACGAGCAGCUCGAUUGCCGCAGCAACAACGUGAAGACGGAUUUUUCUACCUACUGGCAGGACAGGAUCCAACAGGUGCGCAGACAGAGAGGUGGAUCUCUGCAGAAAGCUAAGUCCACCUGCGAGGUAGGCCCUCUGUCCGAGGCCACGCCCCCUAUGCCUGGCACCCCGCAAACAGGUGCGAUUGGUGUGGGCGGGUCAACAGGUGGACGGGUAGGGCAGAGACCAGGUUCCUGUUACAAUCACCUGCAAACCGUGAAGAACAGCAGACCUCACCUGAGACCCAGACCAGCAGUCGCUCACCUGCCCGACCUGCUGUCCUCCUCCAGAGAAACUCCCAGAAGGCCUCACUCCUCUUAUGACUUUAAUCUUUCCCCCUAUGCCUCCUCCCCCCCUAAUAGCACCAGCAGUCCCGUCAUCGCAGGUCGACCUCAGCAUUUGGUGCACCAAUCCUCCAGCUUCAACAUCGGACUUCCUGCAAAGACCCCCCCCCCCCUGAUCAAGCCUCAGUCCUCGCCCCACCCCUCCACCCCCUCCCCCGAGCAGCUGGCACCAGAAGCAGGCGUGAAGGUGAGUCAUGAGCAGUUCAAGGAGGCGCUGCAGAUGGUGGUGGACCCGGGAGACCCGAGGAACACUCUGGAGAACUUUGUGAAAAUCGGAGAAGGUUCCACAGGAGUCGUCUGCAUCGCCAGAGAGAGAAGCAGCGGAAGACAAGUAGCAGUGAAGAUGAUGGACGUGAGGAGGCAACAACGCAGGGAGCUGCUGUUCAACGAGGUGGUGAUUAUGAGGGACUACCGGCACCACAACGUGGUGGAGAUGUUUGGCAGUGCUCUGGUGGAAGAGGAACUCUGGGUAAUCAUGGAGUACCUGCAGGGCGGCGCUCUGACUCAAAUUGUCAGCAAGAUCAGGCUGGACGAGGAGCAGACAGCGACAGUGUGUCACAGCGUCCUGAAGGCUUUAUCUUAUCUCCACUCUCAGGGAGUCAUUCACAGAGACAUCAAGAGCGACUCUAUCCUGCUGAGUGCGGACGGGACGAUCAAACUCUCAGACUUUGGUUUCUGCGCUCAGAUCAGUAGGGAGGUCCCAAAGAGGAGGUCCCUGGUGGGGACUCCGUACUGGAUGGCUCCUGAGGUCAUCUCCAAAACCCCGUAUGGGACAGAGGUGGACAUCUGGUCUCUGGGCAUCAUGGUGGUGGAGAUGGUGGAUGGAGAGCCACCGUAUUUCAGCGACACACCCAUCACCGCCAUGAAGAAGCUGAGAGACGAGGCACCGCCAACUGUGAAGAACAUCCACAGGAUGUCUCCGGUGUUGAAGGACUUCCUGAGCUGCAUGCUGACUCGGGACACGCAGCAGCGCUCCACUGCCACCGACCUGCUGGAGCACCCCUUCCUGCUGCAGGCCAGCUCACCAUGCUGCCUGGUGUCCCUAGUGGAGCAGCACCGCAAGCGCAUGUCCCUUUGCUGAAGGGACUUACCUUGGAAACACUCACCUGAGAUACAAAUAGGACUCAUCAGCAAAAAUGUGACACUAACCUGAGAAACCAAGUGAGACUUACCUAAGACCCACUUGGGACUCACCUGAGACACACGUGGGAAUCACUUGAGGAAACCUAAGAAACAUGCAAGACUUGACUGAGACAAGUGUGGGAUUUAGCUGAGAUACAUGUGACACUCACCUAAGACUCACCACAGAUUCACUUGAACCUCACCUGUACCAACCUUCAGACCCUUUAAGAUUCAUUUGACAUAUGUUUGUCCUGUCCUUAUUUUUCUAGAAUGUUCCUAUGUUGGCUUCUAAAAAAGCUAUUAUUCAUUUUAAGUAUUCAUUUUGAACACUGGAAGCUUAUUUUGGGCGAGAAGGUUGUAGCUGCAGGGUUGAUGGUUCAAACCUCCGCUGCUCCAUGUCCCAUGUCGAAGUGUCCCCUGAGCAAGACACUCAAGCCCCACCUGCUCCCCGGUGCCUUUAAGACCCCACACUGCUCCCACUGUGUGGGACUGUGUGGGAAUGCAGAGAAUCAUUUCCCCAACGGGCUCAAGAGGAGGAAUAAAUUAAAUUGUCCUUGUUUAAAUUAAGAAUAUACAGUAUGUGACUCUUUACUCUGUAACGUAAAUUACCUCUGACCUUCAGUGACAAUCAAAGGAAUUCUGCCCAUCUGUCAAAAUCAAUGAUGUAAAACAAACACCUGAGCUUUUUUUAUUUUCUCUCUUUACUAUUUAUUUUUAAGUUUAAGUUUGAUCUUGUUAACUCGUCGUCCAAGGAAGAUAAUCGGCUUCUAUUUUAACAACUGUGUGAACGGGCUGAACAAGAACAACUCUUCAUCCUCUCAAUCUUCUUCUUCAUUUAAUCUCUUACUUCAAACUUAAUUUCUUCAGAAUUUAUCUAAAUAAGUUAAUGUUUACCGCUUAUUUU